CAAAAAGAGUUGCACUCAAAUUAGCUACAUAAUUGUUUCAAGAAAGUAAUCAAAGAAUUUUUUGAGUUUGCCUGGCUUUCAAAAAAACGAGUUCUACCGACUUUCAACUACUGUCUGUUGCCAUGGUUGAUAAAAUCUAUGUUGCAGGAGUGUAUCCAGUGGAAGAUACUAGCAAGUCUGACGUUGAAAGAGGCGGCAAAGACUUCAAUCUUGUCCAAGGAGUGGCAGUAUUAGUGGAGAUCAAUAGCAAAAAUUGUGUAAAGUUGCAAGGAUGGGAAUUCAAGCCCAAAGGGUUUGGUAUGUUUUGUUUAGAGACUGAUGCUUCAUCAAGAACCCAUGAUUGAGUCAUCCGCACUAUAUUUCUCUCUUAUAAACAGGAGUUGUGUGAGGUUGAAGAAAGUGCCAUUCUUGGCGCUCAAUCUUGGAGUCAAAGCAUUAAAUAUCACGUUUGAAGAGCGUUUCGUAUUUGGAGCAAUAUGUUAUUCUUUGACACCUCUUUGUGGCAAUGAAAGCAUUGAGUCACUAAGCUUGAUGGGAAUGCAACUCAAUGAAUCAAAACUAUCUAGUGAAUCCUUGAUCGCUGUAGUCUAUAAUCAAGAAUUCUAGUUUGGAGACUUUGUGUUUUAAACAUUAACCUGUUGAGUUACAUCACCGUAUGAUCAAGAAAGGUAAACAUUUCAA